UGAGGCAGUUCGAGUGCAGCUGUGCUCGCUAUUUUCAACUUUUAAUUUAUGAUGGAGGAUGCCGUCGUGCAGGGUGACAACACUGACAACCACUGUACAAAAACACAGAGACUAAAGUGUGUUACCGAGUCACCGAAAUGUCAAGAAACUGUAUCCGGUGAGAACGAGACAAAGGGCAGAAAACAGAGAAAAAACACUCGAGGGCAAAUCCCGUCAAAAACGACUACACUGUGCAAAGACAGACAGGGGCAAGACGGAGAUGGGGCUGACGUGGCCAAGAGGUUUACAUGUACGGAUUGUGGGAAAAGUUUCACCCGGAGAUCAUCUCUGGUCACACACCACAGAAUCCACACCGGGGAGAAACCCUAUAUCUGCAUCGACUGUGGAAAAGGGUUUACGGACAGUUCGAAUCUUGUAAAACACCAGAGAACGCAUACCGGAGAGAGACCGUACACCUGCAGCGAGUGUGAAAAAACUUUUACUGACAGCUCAAACCUUAUUGCACAUCAAAGAGUGCACUCUGGCGAAAAACCGUAUGUGUGCAGCGACUGCGAGAAAAGUUUUACUCUCAUAUCCAACCUUGUGACUCAUCAGAGGGCGCAUACAGGAGAGCGUCCUUAUGGGUGCACAGAAUGCGGAAAAAAGUUCUCUCGCAGCUCUCACCUAGUCACUCAUCAGAGAGCGCACAGGGGGGAGCGUCCGUUCUCCUGCGGUGAAUGUGGUCGACGAUUUACUCAGAUCUCCAACCUUAUUGCACACCAGAGAGCACACACAGGACUGAGGCCCUACACGUGCACUGCCUGUGGGAAGAGCUACACUCAGAGGUCUAACCUUAUUGAACAUCAGAGGACUCACACAGGAGAGAGACCAUAUGUCUGCAAUGAAUGUGGGAAAGACUUCAAUCAAAACUCCAGCCUUAUCAAACACCGAAAAGUACAUUUAAAACAUGUGGAGACUGUGUAGGAGUCAGCACUGUUUUAAAGCAUGUGAAUGCAAUUAAAGACUAGCGGCCACUUACCUUUAAAAAUAAGUCUUAUGAAUCCCUCGGAUUCCCAAUCAUGGGAACAAACCAGUGGAGAAGUGAGCACUCACCACGUCGAAGAAUGUCGAAGAAGAUGGGUCGGCACUGUGGUUUGCAUGUGGUUCACGCAUCCAGGGAAGGCGUCCCACUGGUAUAUAAGCGAAGAAGGAGCGGUCCUCACUUUCUUCACGAUAUGAAGAGACUUUUAUUCAAAGCAUAAUAGCAUCA